GGGUAGGAUGAGUCCGUGUCUGUGUUUGUGUGUGUGCGUGUGCGCCGUUGGCCCGUCCCCUCCUGGUCCUCCUAUAAGAGCACACCGGAGUAAGAACGUCAGUAGCUCUUUAGAGAGACCAAACCAAAAAAAAACAGACAUGCCAUCAGACGGAAUGCCAGCCUGUCAAGCCAGACGCCUUCAGAUGCUUAGAGGAUUCCUGCUGAAGGUGCCAAGCUGGCAAAGUGUGUGUGUCCUCUAUUGCCUGUACUGCGUCCUGAUCCUGCCAGACGCCGGCGAGGCUGCCAAAGCGCGGUGUGGACGAGAACUAGUUGCUGACCUGGAGUUUGUGUGUGGAGAUCGUGGCUUUUACAGAGGCAAACCUGGAGCAUCCCGUAGCGGUGGUCCUCGCUCUCGUGGGAAAGGGAUCGUAGAGCAGUGUUGUGUGCGUGGAUGUGACCUCCAGCAUCUGGAGUCGUACUGUGCCAAACCCAAGAGGGUGCAGCGUGACGUCCCUACAUCGCUACCGCAAACUCUGGAGGAUCAGUUUUGGCUGGUGUUUCAGCGGCGAUACCAAAAGCAUGCCGGGAAGAACAGAGAUGAGGAAGCUACUUCUCAAAGACUCAGAGAGCGGACGCUCUACUGGUGGAACUCCAGAGAUUCAGUAUUACUAACCAACCAACCCUCCUCAACACAACAGCAUCCUUCCACUGAGACAGUAACAUCAGGACCAACAUUUCUCCCCCAUAUCCGAUAGCCAUGGCACUUUUUGGAUCUGCAUGGAUCAUAUCAAUCACCUUGCUUUACUAAAAAGACUGAAGUUCUGUCCUUGCAGACGUAUAAACUGAGAACUGUAAGAGAAACUAGAGGACAAGAUGCCACUCAUGCCAAAAAAUAGUGACGAGCAGGGUGUUUGUGUACCUGAACUCUCACAGGCUGUAUUAGGUUUACUAAGCAUAUGCUGAAUACAGUAUGAAUAAAUUUUUUUUCCCAUUCCUCCUAGCACUGACUUCAGUUCUCAGAUGCAUUUGGGUAAAUGAGUUCAAAGCAAGGUUCAAGUUAAAAGUGUGUGUAUGCUACUUAAAAGACUCAGUAUGGGAACACUGAUGGCUGUGGUAAGUCGUUUUGAAUGUAAAUGUGAUGUUUUUUAUGAAAGAUUAUUGAUAUUAGUGAAUAUAUUUUCUUAUGUUUAAUUUAUGUUCUCUAUGAUUAGGGUUUUCUGAUUCUUGUAAAAUAUGUAUCUAAAGCAGAUUUGUAAAGAUCACUUUAAUAAAACUGUG